AUGGCCUCUCUUGGCCCCGACAGCAGACCUAAUCUGCCCGCACCUGGUGCCGACACAUCCCCCAGCUCUGACGACCCAUUUGUAUCCAACGAUACGCCUGUGUCAACAGCCCACUACAGAUUCUCAACCUUCGAUCAUGAUCUUUUUACAGCGGGGCCGGGCUCGUCUCCACGACAGGCGAAACGCGCCUUGGAAGCUCAUCUCGCGGAGACAGACCGGCGAUUAGACGAGGCGGGAAAGCUGGGCACCGCACUAGUGAACCAACGAAAGGCGCUUACGGAGCAGCUACAAGAAGUAGAGAAGCUGCAUGCGCAGGGCGAACUGAGUCCCGAUCUGAGGACUAAGCUGGUGGACAUUGAGAAGGAGUACAACGACUUGACCCGAGAUUCGGCGAGGGCAUUCCUGCCCAAGCAGAGGGUGCCUAGUAAUGAAACUGGCUCAGGAUCUCCGCAUGUGGCAGACGGCGCGAGAAGCGGCAGGCGUUCUGUUAGCCCGUCCAAGUUUGAAAGUCAGGCUUUUGGCUCGCCUACCAAGCUUAGCGUGCCGAACAGGAAAAUCCGCAACCAACCAUCUAGCCGAGUGCACGACAUAGAGUUUGCCGCCGAGAUCAGCACGUCGCUCAUUGCUCAAGUUCGUAACCUCCAGGCCCUUCUUGCCGACCGGGACGAGGAAGUCCGCGAUCUCAAGCAUGACAAGUCGACUCUUGAGAUCGAAACCGAGAAUCUGCAGCAAAGACUCAAGACCUUGGACGAGAGUGAGCAUCGGUACAAGGAGGAGAACUGGAAUCUCGAAACGCGCAUGCAAGAGGCCUCAACUCAACAACGUGAAGCGUCCGACCGGGAGAAGAAGCUCACGCAAGCACUGAGCACAUCCAAUGCAGAAAAAAGUGCGGCCCAAAAGGAACUGGACGAAGUCAAGCUGUCUCAUGCCAGGCUGGUGGAGGAGCACACCGCCGCCAUCAAGCACCAUGACAUUGAACUGGGUACGGCGAAGCGCAGCGCGGUCAUGGCCGAAGGCGAGCGUGCCGUCAUGCAGCGCAAAAUCGAUGAUCUCACCAACCAGAACACGGAGCUCGCCAAAGCGUUCUCGACGCAACGAGGACGAACGCUGGAGCGAGAGAACAUGUCUGGAACGAGCGACGAUGAUUUUGAGACCGCUGCCGACAAUGCCACCCCAGAGCACUCCCCUCCGCCUUCACCCAUCAAGGGCACGCCCAGGCACGCUAUGCUCGAGACAGAAACGAUGAAGACAUCUCUGCAACAUGCCCAACGCACGAUUCAAAGUCAACGCAGCCUUAUCCAUCGCGAAAAGACCGAGAAGCUCGAGCUCCGCCGCAUCAUACAAGAUCUCCGUGAUGACCUGGAGAGGAAGCGAGCUGACUCCGGUGCCAGCGGUGUUCACAGGCGAAGCAAGAAGGCUGAAUCCAAAGAUCUUAAGAAGACUGCUCGCCUACUAGGUAGCUUCCGCUCCAGCCAGCAGGAGAUCUUCAUGGACGACCCUGAAUGGGAAGAUCAGGCACAGCUGUCUCCACGUACCCUCUCAGCCAAUGUCAGUCCCGCGACCAAGACGAGAGGAGACUUCUCAGCGCCCGACUCGACUGACCAAUUUGAUACGGCCAACGAGGCCAGCGAGUCUGCAUUUGAGACAGCCAACGAGCGUGCGACGGAGACGGAGGACUUCCAGACGACUAAUGAGCAAAUGUCUGACAGCGACGAUGGCGCCGCCACUGAGACGGAGACAACGUCCAGAGGCUUUGGCAAGAUGCAGCGCCCACCGAACUUGCCGGCUGGUCUCUCACGGCACAUGUCCAAAUCGUCCACCCAUAGCACAGCGACUUCUGAGGAGGAAGACGCGUACGAGGCCAAGACACCCACGGGCACUGCUCACUCGCACCGAACCAGCCGCUUCCUGCUGAAUCGCGGUCCGUUCGACCGCAGCUCCCGCCAUGGCAGCGAGGAACCGAACCUGCGAAGCAGCCCCACAAGCAUGGCCAGCAACCACAGUGGCACCCCACAAGCAGGUGGACAGAGCUUGUUUGCCGAGCUGCAAAACUUUGCUGGUAGUGACGAAGAGUCUGUCGGAAACGGGACGCCUAGUCGUCGAAGCGCUAGAUCGGCUACGCCUGGCUCGAUCCGUCGCCGGCUCUCGCCAGUGCCUCUCGUGCCGAGUCUUCCCAAGGUUCUCAUGGUCGAUAGUGGCACGAUGACAGAGCCUAUGGAUGAUACUUCAUUGCCCGCGCUCCCCGCAGCCGCAAACCCCACAGCCGACCAUACUGAACGGCCCACAUCGAUGCAGUCUGUGAUCGCGGACCCUCAGCGCGCGUCGUGGCUGUCCACUGCCACGGGCGAUUCCCGACCACUUUCUCAAAUUUCAUACAGUGAUGUCGGAGCUCAGCAUGACCCGGACAUGGAGGCCAAGCUGGCUGCAUUCCCUGUGCCCCCGACUCUGGUACACCCGCAGCCUGAGCUCGGCUACUCCAAUGUCCACUCCGAGCACAUCGAACCGCGGGAAGAGGAACACACUCCCACCGCGAUAGAGUUCACACUGGUGGUUACGGAGAGUGUGGAGCCGGUGGCUGAACCAGAGGUUGUGCUCCCAACCCUCAGCCUCUCCGCGGUCUCUGCCCAGCACAUCGAGCCCAUUGCUGAGCCAGUCGCGCCGCAACUAACCUUGGGCCUAUCGACCGUCUCUUCUGAGCACAUUGAGCCUGUCCAGGAGCCUGAACCGCCAGUUCCCAAGCUCGCAUACACUGCAAUGAAGACCGCCAAUGUCGAGCCAGUGGACGAGCCGGAGAUCGUACCACCUGCUCUGGCUUUGUCCAACAUUUUCAACGAGAAGGUCGAUCCCGUUGCCGAGCCCGAGGUCCCUCUGCCAACUCUGGCAUUGUCCGCUAUCGGUACGGAACAAGUCGAGCCCAUUGAAGCUCCGGAGCCAGAAGCCGUGCCACUGCCGGCAAUCAUUCCAGCGCCAGUUCCUUCCGAGCCCGAGAAGCCGGCCCUGCCUAGCCUGAAUUUCACAAACGUCCAAAGCGAGCACGUGAAGCCGAUCAUCGAACCUGAAGUGGUCGUUCCAGCGGCUCCGCUUGCCAUCUCGGCCAUUCAAUCGCAGGAUUGGGAGCCUCGGGCGGAACCCGAGAUUGUGAUGCCGCAGCCCGCACUUGGCUUUACCGUACUUCAGUCACAGCAGGUCGAACCUGUGGAAGAGCCAUCUGUUCCUCAACCAGCUUUGACGUUGUCCCCUAUCCGCUCAGAGAACCUCGAGCCCAUCGCCGAGGCCGGAAUUCCCCAAGCUCCGCAACCACUUUCGUUCGCAGGCCUCACCUCACAGCACGUGGAACCUGUGGCGGAACCCGGGCCUCUGCCGCCGGGCCUCGGAUUCUCUGGAAUUACUACGCACGAUGUUCUUCCAGUUGUAGAACUGCCACCGACGCUCCCGCGGUUGAUUCUUUCACCAAUCGCGGCAGAGGGUGUCACUCCCGCGAGCCCCGUUGAAGUCAAUGAGCUGCCCAACUUUGGCUUCUCUUCAGUUGAAUCUGUCGAUACCAGGCCCAUAACACCCAGGAGCCCGUGGCGGGAGGCCUUCAUUAUGCCAAGAGACAAGGAACGCACUGCUACGCCAGACAGAUCCAUGGUGGCUAGCUUUGACAUUCACCAGGACGACUCGCCUGGAGCCGCUCAGAAUGAGACUAGACAAAUGUCCGGAACAGAGGAAGGAGCCAAGGAAUUCCCUCAGCCGUUCAGGGAGAUCUCUGGCAACGCCGAAAAUCGCAACCCCCAAAAGCAGACGGCUGUUUUCAGUGAUCAAAGCGCGCAAACCUCUCUCACCGCGGAAGCCAUCGAUAAGCUGAUCAACGCUGGAUCGAGAUCUGGCUUGAGUCACGUCAAGCAUCCUUCAGUCGGCAGUGUCGACACACCAGGCACGACAGGCACAGUCCGUAUCCAUCGUCCUGCUGAGGAACGCACCGGCAGCCCCACCCCUAAGCGGACUGGUGGCUUCUUUGAUGCAGGGACCGCCUUGAUUCGGCCUGGCAGCGCUACCAGCGGCCGUGAUUCGGCUCAGGACGCGCCUCCUCUUCCCAAUAAUCACCGCGAGCUCAUUGAGGCAGCACGCACUGGGUCGGCCAAUGGGCCCAAGGGGGACAUGGGCCCUCCCAUGUGGCCUGCCUCCGCGAUGAAGGGCCACCGCCCUCGCACUCCCAGUCUGAGUGCCAGGCCGGCAUCCAACCAUUCAGCCCGCGCCGUGCCUACGUUGAAGGGAAUGCGGAGUUCAUCAACACAGGGACAACAGCUGGGCGUCUCGCACUCACCCACGAGGUUGACUGCACGGUCCAGGCAGUCUUCCGUGUCGUCGUUUGUCUCUGAACUUGACACACGCUUCAACAUGCGUCCUGGGGAAAUGGUGGAUCCUACUGGCCUGGGAUCGAAUGCGGAUCCACGCAUGAUCCAGGCUAUCACCCAGACCAUGAUCGGAGAGUACCUGUGGAAGUACACCCGCAAAACAGGCCGUGGCGAAAUGUCGGAGAAGCGACAUCGCCGAUACUUCUGGGUACACCCCUACACGCGCACCCUGUACUGGAGCGACCGGGACCCGGCAACUGCUGGGUCGCGCGAGCUCAAGGCCAAGAGUGUGCCCAUUGAAGCUGUUCGCGUUGUGACAGACGACAACCCAAUGCCGCCUGGUCUCCACCGUAAAAGCUUGGUGAUCAUCUCGCCGGGCCGCACCAUCAAAUUCACCUGCACUACGGGACAGCGUCACGAGACGUGGUUCAACUCCCUGUCCUACCUGUUGAUGAGGACAAACGGCGAUGGACAGAAUGACGCUGAAGACAUGGCUCAUAACAUUACCCAGGAUGACGUGGAUGAGUUCAACCCCCAGUAUGGGCAGCGACAAGCGAACGGGACAAGGCCGCGUGCGCCGCCCUCACUAUCGUCAUACAACUCUCGAACCACGCACAAUCAGUCGCCAGCUGGAGACUACUCCAUGAAUGUGCCCACGUUGACGCCCCGGACGCCCGCGCAACGGCCUUCCGCCCUCAACAAGCUCUUCCGGUCGUCAGGGUCGAAAUUCUCUGGCACUUUCAGCAGCUUCCGCGGACGUGCGUCAGCUCCCGACACUAGCAUUUAUGAGGCCAGCGAGGUCCAUGACAGCGCAGAGGAUCUCCGUGAGAUGAUCGAGCGACAGGAUAGGGAGGCUGACCGCCUUGAGAACGUCCGCGCGUGCUGCGAUGGCAAACAUGACGUCGGUCAGCUUCAUCAUCAUUCUGUCAAGAAGCGUGGCGCACAGUCUGCACCUCAUCAACCUCCAUCGAACGCGCCCACGGCUCCAUUCCGAUCCCGAAGCUAA